AAUUUGUGUUCUGCCACCGUUACUAUCCAACCUGUAUGCGAAGGUUGUAGACGACGGCCUCAGAUCCCUAGAUCUCACGCAAGACUAGUUGGCGAUGGAGCGCUGAAAACCCUAGGUUGUGUGAUCGAACGUGUAGGCAGUCGUGUAAGAUUUAUGGUAGCCGAGGGGGUAGCGUUAGGGUGGGUAAGAAACCUUGCUUUACAUACCAACGGGUAUGGAGUCCUCAAUCGACAAAUGUGGCUGAAGCGAGUAGGAGGGUUACCUACAGGUAGGUCAAUCCGACAGCGAAAGGAGGGUGCUGGACGUUUCUUCAAAUAG